AUGGGCUGCUGGAAGCAAGAUAAAAGCUACACCUGGACUUUUCCCACCCUGAUCGUCUGCCUCUAUGGGUUCUUCUGCAUGAUGAAACCAUCAGAACCUUUCCUAACACCCUAUCUAACAGGACCAGAUAAAAACCUGACCAUAGAUGAGGUUACCAACCAGAUUUUCCCAGUUUGGACAUACUCCUACCUCGUGCUCCUUUUCCCAGUCUUCCUGAUUACAGACUAUGUACGCUACAAGCCCAUCCUCCUCCUCCAGGGAGUCAGCUUCAUCAUCACAUGGCUCUUGCUCCUCUUCGCACACGGUGUGGCGGCCAUGCAGGUGGUCGAAUUCUUCUAUGGGAUGGUGACAGCCAGCGAGGUCGCCUAUUACGCCUACAUCUACAGCGUCGUCAGCACCGAUCACUAUCAGAGAGUGACGAGCUAUUGCAGAAGUAUCCCUCUGGUGGCAGGCUUCCACAGGAAAGAUGUCUCAGAAACAUUCCCAGCACCGGAUAAAGUUGUGGCUACAGUCUGCUCUGACGGGCCAUCGAGCUGCCAAGAGGACAAGGGCUCCGCGCCUGCUGACAGGGGACCAACAGCUGAACAGCAGCCUGACAAGGCCAAGCCCCAGAAUCACGUGCUCAGAGUACUGGUGCAGCUGAGCCAGGACCUGAGGGAUUGCUACAGCUCUAGGAAACUUCUCUACUGGUCCCUGUGGUGGGCUCUGGCUACGGCAGGCUUUAACCAGGUUCUGAAUUACAUCCAAGUGCUGUGGGACUUCAGAGCCCCCUCUCACAGCUCUGCCGUGUACAAUGGAGCUGUUGAAGCAAUAGCAACUUUUCUGAGCUCAUUAACAUCUUUUGUAGUACAAUAUAUGAAAAUUAACUGGGACCUUUUUGGAGAACUGGCUUUAGGAAUCUUCUCUGCAAUAGAUGCUGGUUCUCUAUUUCUUAUGCACUUCACUACCAACAUCUGGGCAUGUUACGCCGGCUAUCUCAUUUUCAAAGCAUGCUAUAUGCUCCUCAUAACAAUAGCAACGUUCCAGAUCGCAGUCAAUCUGAGCAUGGAGCGCUAUGCCUUGAUGUUCGGAUUCAACAACUUUGUUGCACUGGUGAUUCAGACCAUUCUUACAGUAGUUGUCGUGGAUUCAAGAGGCCUGGGACUGGACAUAGUGACUCAGUUUUUAAUUUAUGGCAGCUACUUUGCAGUCAUAGCUGGGAUUUUCUUGAUCAGAAGCAUUUGCAUGCUUGUCUCAAGCCAAUGCAACAGGAAAAUAGCAAGAUCUUGCAAAGAGCAUCCGAACCAUGCUGAACAUGAAUCAAAAGAGCAGAUUGUAACUGGCUAUACGACAUGGCUGUAG